CCUGCGCCGUGCGCGCCGCCCGCAGUGCCCGUGUGCGCCGCCGUGCGCCUGGCCGGGGGCGUCUCGGGGUGCACCGGCGGCCGGGCUCCGGCGGCUGCAGCAGCGCAGCCUCAGGCUGGCUACCUCCGACGCCCCCGACGCGAUGGAGGAGUGGGAUGUGCCCCAGAUGAAGAAGGAGGUGGAGAGCCUCAAGUACCAGCUGGCCUUCAAGAGGGAGAUGUCCUCCAAGACGAUCCCCGAGCUUCUCAAGUGGAUCGAGGAUGGGAUCCCCAAGGACCCCUUCCUGAACCCUGACCUGAUGAAGAACAACCCUUGGGUAGAGAAGGCCAAGUGUACCAUCUUAUGAGCCUGACCCACGCUCUGUGUAAGGCGUGACUUUAUAAACAGACGUCUCCAGGUGUCUUGGCUUUUGUACAUUC